UAUUCUCAUCUCACAUUGUUCCUCUUCAAUCUCCUCCUUUCAUAUCUUUUGCACCCAAAAAAACUUAAAGAUCUCUCAUGGCGAUGUCUUUCUCAGGAGCUGUUCUCACUGGCAUGGGUUCUUCUUUCCACAGUGGAGCCAAGCAGAGCAGCAUUGGCGCCGUCGGAGUUAGCCGAAAGACUCAGUUCCUCGUCGUCGCUCAGCGCAAGAAGUCGUUGGUCUACGCCGCUAAAGGUGACGGCAACAUCCUCGAUGACCUCAACGAGGCCACAAAGAAAGCUUCGGAUUUCGUGACGGAUAAGACAAAGGAGGCGUUGGCAGAUGGAGAGAAAGCAAAAGACUACGUUGUAGAGAAAACGAGCGAAAACAACGAUACAUUGGCUAAAGAAGCUGAGAAAGCUGCCGCAUAUGUGGAGGAGAAAGGAAAAGAAGCCGCAAACAGUGCCGCUGAUUUCGCUGAGGGUAAAGCAGGAGAGGCUAAGGAUGCCACCAAGUAGAGUCUUAGUCAAUUAGUCCAACCAACCUAAAACUCGUAGAUAUAUUUAUAUAUAUGGAUCUAUCUUCUCUGUCUCUCUUUAUGUUUAAUGUAUUACAAAAAGAUCAGUCUGUUGUAAUGAUUUCUAUUAAAUUCACAUCAACCCUCGCAAUAAGA